UUGCCAAAUCUCUUGUAAGAAACAUUGAAGGGGCGGGGCUUGCAGCGGAAGUGUGAAAGCGACGUGUGCUUGCAGUGGAGCUGUUUGAGUGAGCUGCUCCGUGUGUCAGGACCGCCAUGGUGCUGUUAGAAAACGACGCGUUUCUCACUGAGCUCACACGCCUCUUCCAGAAGUGCAGGACCAGUGGCAGUGUGGUGAUCACCUUAAAGAAAUAUGAUGGCAGGACGAAGCCGGUGCCAAGGAAAGGCCAUCCAGAAACAUUUGAACCAGCUGACAAUAAAUGUCUCAUCAGAGCAUCUGAAGGCAAGAAGAAAAUUAGCACAGUGGUCAGCACUAAAGAAGUAAUAAAAUUUCAAAUGGCGUACUCUAAUUUAUUGAGAGCGCACAUGGACGGAUUGAAGAAGAAGGACAAGAAGAGUAAAAGUAAGAAGACUAAAGCUACACAGUGAUCUAAAUACUAAGGAGAAAGAGAGAGAAUUCAUCCAGACCACCUUCAGUGACAUCACCUGUGCCCCGCCCUCAACAACUUUUCCUUCAUGCUGUUAUUUUGUGGCACUCGAUAGCAACUGAAGGAGCCAGAGGCAUUUUCACUCUCUGCAUCAAUCUAAUCUUGACCUCUUCCCUGUGUAGAACUGUUUUGGUGGGUCAAGAUUUUGCCACAAUCAUCAAGUGUAAUUUGGUGGUGCCAUAUGAUGCGGUUUUUGAUUACAACCACCCACCUUUUUUUUUUUUUUUUUUUACCCCUCUCUCCCUCAUUUUUGAACUAAAAAGUUUACCAGUCCUCUGCUGUUUAUGCCCGAAGUUAACCUAUUAAUAUCAAAGGAUUCAAAUCCUCCAGUGUACAGAUUUGUUUUUGACUUCAGAGGAGCAUAUGUUUUUUUUUUUUCCUUAAAGAUAAGUUUUGGUUAUUACUAAGAUCAUCUGUAAUUAUUUUUUCCCAAUUAAUGUUUGUGCCUAUAUGACUUUUUUUUUCUUUCUUUCAGUUUUUUCCCCCUUUCCAUGCAUUUUGGCACAAAUAGUUUUUUAGGUUUAUUGUUUUAGUUGUUGGCCCAAACAGUGCAAUGAGCAAAUAUCACGCUGUUAACUUAUUUUGGGUCCAAAAUAAUAAUAAUAAUAAAAAAAAAACAGAAAACAAAGUGUGUCCCUGUUCAGCAGUGGUUCAAGCUUUGUUCUGUGUAAUACUUGCGUCAUGUUGAUUUCCCUUCAGUAAUGCCCUUUUUCGGUUGUUUAACUUGUAAUUUGUUCUGGUCACUGACAUUUACAACACCAUGAACACAACACAAAACAAAUCUAAUGCUGCGGUUUUAAAGCGCUGUGUUCCUCUUGUCGGGCCGCUCUCUGCUCGAGCCGACUGAGUUGCUGCGUUUGGUUUCCUCUUCUGCCUCGUUGUAACCCUGACGCAUCAGCUGAGACACGUACUGGAACAUGGUCUGGAAAACAAAUGCAAGAAAAUGAGACCUGUACCCAGUGCUUUCUCUUCAGUCCGAAUCAAAAUCAUUUUGAUUUUCACACAAUUUUCAAAACUGUGGCGACUGUGCACGUACAGUCCAUAAAUCCCUGUCGUUUUUAAAAUAUAUUUUACCUGUUUUCCACAGUUGGUUUGCAUCAAAAUAUGCUCAAAUUAGAGCUGAAAAUCUGCUCAUAUUUAUUUAAUGUCAACUCCUCUGAGCAGUGAACCCACCAAAAAGUGAAGAAUUAAGUGACAUAAUUCUAGAGUGUAACUAAGUUACACAAAAUUUAUUUUCGAUAAUAGAGUGCUUGGUCUGUUGUGACUAUUAUUUUGAGAAUCCUUUUUUCCCCAUUCUGUAGUGUUGCAUUCUGUGAACAGUCAGUAGAAUUUGGGGUGAGCUAUGCAUUUUACCCUCACCCCAUAUGUUGGAUAUUUAUAAGUCAAACUGGGACUUUUGAUAGUGCAGAAUAACACUUUUAAGAGAGUUAAACUCUAUUUCUUUAUAUAAUCCUCUUCUUAACUAAUGUACCUUUUUUAGCGUUUAACUAGGUGGGCUGCCUGCUUUACAUCUGAAACCCUGGCCUCCCAGGAACUCCACUAGAAGCACUUUUCUUAAAUGGAAAAAUGGCCUGGUUUGAUCACCAAAGGCAUUAUUUUUUGCAGGGCAGUGCACAUCAAACUGUCCUCUAAACCACUUGCACAUUACUGGAACUUGGCUGAUAGUUCCUGUAUACAUUACUGUACAGUCCUGACAUUACCACAUGUUUGAGGUUUAGAGCACUGUACAUGCGUGGGUUAAUGGGCCGGGGAGGUAAUGAUGUUAAGAAAUCAGUAACAUCUUGUGACUGAAAUUUCUCAACAUACACGUUAUCUGGUCUUUUGUCAUGUGUUCAGUAAAAUCUAUGGGCGCGCAUGUAACCUGCGAUUAAUUUUUCUUUUUUUUUUUCAGUCUUUUUUGUGGCAGGUUGUAUAACUUGUGUGCACUAGAACUAAUUUAGGAGUUUUACCGCAACAUGUUGGAAUACAUUAUUUUAUAACCAUCUCCCCUCUCCUUCACUGAACCUAUUUUGCAUAAAACAAUCACAAUUUUAUAAUGUGUGAUAUAUACAGUAUAAGAGUCUGGAGCAACAAAAUUUCCAGUUUUAAAUAAAUCUUCUCACUUAUUCCCCAAAGGUAGUUAGCUUUAAUUCUCAGGUCAGUCGUCUCAAAACCGUGACUGUACGGCACUUUACUCAGCUCAUGGUUCCUUCUGCUUUGGUCUGAAACAGCUAGAGAUUACAAUCACUAAUUUCAGAGAGGCUUCUGCGUGUAUCGGUGUGCACAAAGCAUCACCCUGCAUUAAGAGGCUGAUUAGCAAAUCGAUUAAUAUUCAUAAUCCAUAAAUUGCGGUCUGUUUUAUGAAAAUUUAUUUAUGGGGCAGUGCCAGGGAAGACGAGUGGAAGAGAGCGCAGUCAUCUGUGAUGGACGGUAAAUAAAACUAAACACAGGAAAAUACAAUUAGCAUUGUCUUAAGUUUUUAGUUAUUCGUGUGUGUAUUUCUUUCUCCAGAGUGGCAAACUGUAAAAUUUUUACUUUGAGUAAACCGUAGCUACAGUUUUGGCAACUACUUGUUCUGACUAUUAUUGAUUUAAUGCAGAGAAAAUAUGGAAACCAAUAAAAACCUAUAAAGUGCA